AUGGCUAUGUCUCUGCCAACAUCCAGUGAUGCAAAGCCAUCGUACAUUCAACCCCCUGCCACCGGUUUCCCGGUGAGUUACGACGGCAACAACCCUCAGCUGCUCCAGCCUAGAACCCAAGUUGACUGGUCCACAGGCCUCUUUGGUUGCUUCUCCAAUUUCAAAAACUGUUGCAUAACGUGCUGGUGCCCAUGUGUCACGUUUGGCCAAGUUGCUGAGAUUGUUGACAAGGGAUCAACUUCAUGUGGUGCGAGUGGGGCUCUGUAUACGCUGGUUUGUUGUGUGCUUGGUUGUGGAUGCUUAUACUCAUGCUUCUACCGCUCCAAGAUGAGACGACAGUACAUGUUGAAGGAUAGCCCAUGUUGCGAUUGCUUGGUUCAUUGCUGCUGCGAGCCCUGCGCCUUGUGCCAAGAAUAUCGUGAACUUGAAAACCGCGGUUUUGACAUGGUCAUUGGGUGGCAUGGAAAUGUUGAGCAACGAAACCAGGGAGUAGCCAUGAGUGCUCCAACAGCUCCAGGAGUCGAACCCAUGAGUCGUUGA